GCUAUACUGUUGCGAAUGGCAGUCGAUUUACCACUGCGCUUUUAUCAGGUUUAGUGACGUCUAUUUGUGGAAGGUGCGCUUCAACUUGGAUUUAAUGAUCCGUUGCUUAUAAAAAUUUGACGGUAAUACGAUUGUCUUAAGAAUGGCUGACAGCGAACAGAAAGCGAUGCAGUUAGUAGCCGAAGCUGAAAAGAAGUUAUCAUCCAAAGGUUUCUUUGGUUCUUUAUUUGGAGGUUCCUCCAGAGUAGAAGAAGCGGUAGAAUGUUAUCAGCGUGCUGCAAAUAUGUUCAAAAUGGCCAAGAAAUGGAGUGCUGCAGGAAGUGCAUUUUACGAAGCUGCGGACUUACACGCCAAAGCUGGCAGUCGUCAUGAUGCUGCUAAUUGUUAUGUCGAUGCUUCUAACUGCUUUAAGAAAUCUGAUGUCAAUGAGGCUAUAAGUUGUUUGCUAAAAGCUAUUGAGAUUUAUACCGAUAUGGGUCGGUUUACAAUGGCAGCGAAGCAUCAUCAAAGUAUAGCGGAAAUGUACGAGAGCGAGGCUGUUGAUUUAGAACGCGCUGUUCAUCAUUAUGAACAAGCAGCAGAUUACUUUCGUGGCGAGGAAAGUAAUUCCUCUGCAAAUAAAUGUUUGUUGAAAGUUGCACAAUAUGCUGCUCAGCUAGAAAAUUAUGAGAAGGCAAUUCAAAUAUAUGAACAGGUUGCUUCUUCGUCAUUAGAAAGUUCAUUACUAAAGUACAGCGCAAAAGAAUACUUUUUUCGAGCCGCGUUAUGCCAUUUAUGCGUUGAUGUAUUAAAUGCACAACAUGCGAUUGAACGUUAUCAUGAGCAAUAUCCAGCAUUCCAAGAUUCUAGAGAGUAUAAAUUAAUUAAGACAUUGAUAGAACAUCUCGAGGAACAACAUCUAGAAGGCUUCACAGAAGCAGUGAAAGAAUAUGAUUCAAUCUCACGAUUGGAUCAAUGGUAUACUACAAUAUUAUUACGCAUAAAAAAGCAAGUCAAUGAUAACCCUGAUUUACGCUGAUCAGCUAUUGUUCAUCUACAUUAUAUUAUGUCAAUGAUAUUAAUGCUCCAAAUCUACAUGUAUUCUUUCCUAAACUAUACCCUGCUUUCAGUGGUAUUCAUCAAGUAGAUUCGUUUUUAUACCCGAAUAUCAUAUUAUUCCCUUGCGAUUCUAGCUAACAUAAUAAGUUUGCUGUAUAACCCAAUACUUAAAAAGCAUCAUUAUAGAAACACGGAAAGUUAGAAUGCUUCAAAUUCUAUAUCGAUCUUUACAGGCUAUUUUCCAUAUUCAUAUAUAAUACAUGCAGUUAUAGCAUUGCCUUAUAUGUAGGCAUAGUAUAAUGUUAUAAAUAUUGAGAACAGAAUAAGAGUUUGGUAAGGUACAGCUUCUAAAAUAAGAUUCACACACUUGUGCUAAUAUAGUUAAAAUAGUUGGCACUUGUUUCCAGCAUGAAAACUUUUUGUCUGAAUAGUACAAACCCAGAUAUUCCAGUUUUUUGUAAAUUGAUUACCACACAAUAAUUUCAAUAUUAAAAAUUAGAGAAAUGAAAUUUCAUUGUUAACGAAUUUUAGAAUAUAUGCUCGGUCACGAUUAUAUUUUUUGAUAUAUAAGCAGAGAAUGUUAUAAUUUAAUUAUAUUAUUUAUUAAAUAUUAGCACUUAUAUUAAAUAUAUAUCUUGUAAUAUAAUUUAUAUCUUGUAUUCGCGUAGUGGAAUAAUGAAUGAAGUCAAAUUUUUGUCAGUCGUUGUCCUUACACUGCCAGUGUUUUAAAAUAGGAGACAUGAUACAUAUAUAUGUUUAUUCAUUGUUCCACCGAUGUUAGUGUAUAUUUUGUUGAUAUCCUUAUUUUUUUUUUUUAAUUAUUUAAUAAUUAUAAAACUAAGUUACUCGAUCUUUUUUUUGUAAAAUGUAAUUUAAUUGUUAUUAAUAAUGAGAAAGAAAAAAUAGAAGUAAACAUUAGUUACUGACAAACAAAGGAAAAAUCCUUUUAAAAAUUCAUUCAAUAUAUAUAUAUAUACAUACAUAUAUAUAUAUAUAUAUAUAUGUAUGUAUGUAUGUAUGUAUGUAUGUAUGUAUAUUAAUUUCUCAGUUUCUCUCUUUCACAUAUAUACUUCUUCCUUCUUUUAUUAUUUUAUACGUAUUAAUCGAACGUAUUUUUAUCCGAGUCGGAGACCAUAACUUUAUAACUCUGUUUUAUUUCAUUCCAAAAUAUAUAAAUAACUCUAUAUCCAUAUAAAAGAAGAGAGUAAAAAAUUUGUAUAAAAAAUAAUAUAUCGUUACAGUGGAAGAUAUGAUGCAAUAUUACACUGUAGGUAAUUUCAAGAAUUUUGCGUAAAUUAAUUGGAGAUUUGUGCUAAAUCACAGGACUAUAUAUCAACGUAGAAAAUUAAAAACAAUGACUAUGUUUUAUACAGAUGGGCCAGAUAAUACUUAGAAAAGUAUAAGGACUCCAAAGCGCAGCUUUUUAACUUUUUAAAUGGCCUAAAAUGAAAAACAAAGAAGAAAAAAAAUUUUCAUGAAAAUUUAAAAACCAAACAAUACUUUUAAUUGUCAGGAACAGAAAGUAGUUGCGUCUUUUCUUUUUUUAUCGUUCUUUUUUAGUCAGACUAGUUAUAUUAAUUUAAAUAUUAAUUUAUCUGUACAAAACAAGAUGUACUAUUCUGAUUAUUUUGAGGAUGUUAAAUAAAGAUAUAUCUGUAUAAAAGCGAUUAACAAAUCUCCAUAAACUAAUAAAUCAACAUUACAAAUAAA